AUGAAUUCGACUAUUUUCAAAGAAUGGUUUAUACAAAUGUUACAACAUUUAGAAGAACCUUCAGUAAUCGUGAUGGACAAUGCACCGUACCAUUCAGUUCUAGCAGAAAAUUAUCCAAAGGCAAAUGAAAGAAAAGUAAAUGUACAAAAAUGGCUAUCUGAAAAAGGGGUUGAAUAUUCACCACUCGAAACAUUGAGUGAAUUACGUGAAAGGGUCAAACAAUUGGUACCCAGACAAAAAAUAUAUGAGCUUGAUCAAAUCGCGUUGGAAAUGGGACAUGAAGUCGUGCGUCUCCCUCCUUACCAUUGCCAAUAUCACCCAAUAGAACUGAUAUGGGCACAAGUAAAAGGUGAUGUCGCAAAAAAAAAUGUCUCAUUUAAAAUAGCAGAUGUUGAAAAACUUGUUAACGAAGCGUUGGAUACCGUAACCGUGGAUGGUUGGAAGAAAUGUGUAAGUCACUGCGAAAAAUUGCAAGAAGAAGAUUUUAUAAAAGAAGGCUUACGUGACGAAAUUUUGGAGCCAAUAAUAAUGACCAUCAACCCAGACGAAGAUUCCGACGAUUCAGAAGAUGAAGAUGACAUAAAUUUAAAUGAAAAUUGCCGAUCGCACACCAAAAGAGCAAAACUGUGUUAG